GACAGAGACACACACAGAGAGAGAGAGACAUCAACACUCAGAAUAACGAACAGCCUGUGGUAGAACGGAGCAACUCUAAAGCAGAUGGGAAAACAGACAUGAGUGAAGUACCUGAAUUGUGUGACUCUGAUUCAUCAUUCGGAGGCACAAAUCCCAGGUUUCCCAAUCUAACCAUUAUAUUAACUGGGAACCCUUCGUCAGUCCAGUUUGGACAUGAAAACCUUCUACUUGGGGAAAAACAACCAAAUAUUGAAAAUGCAGAAAUAUCCAGGAUUGUUCAUUUUCAGAAGAAUAUAUCAGAACAUUGUGUCUCAGUGAUCAACAUGAUUGAAUUAUAUGAGGCUGAACAUGUGGAUCAUCUCAUUGAUCGACUACUGAAUGAAAAUGAAAUCCACGCCUUCAUCUUUGUUGUGCGACUGGGUCAGUUAACAGAUGAUGAUAAGAUGGGUCUUGAAUGGCUUCAGAGAGUGUUUGGUGACAAAGUUCUUCAGUUUGUGAUGAUUCUCUUCACCUAUGAGACAGAAGAAGAGUGUGACACUAUCAUUGAUGAUCUGAAGAAAAACCCUGUUCUGGAGCAGCUGCAGGAGCAAUGUGGAGGAAGAUAUCACACCUGCAACAAGAUGAUGAACAAUCAAUCAGAGAUGAGAGACCUGAUGAACAAGAUUAAGAAUUUGUUUUAUGAGAAUGAACAGCAGUGUUACACUGGAGAGAUGUACAAUACAGCGUUUAAACAAAGAAAAGAGCUGAAAAACAGCAUGUGUGAAAAUGAAGAUAAACCUUCAAUCAAAGAAAAAAGGGAACAUGCCACAACAGCAGAGACAAGUGAGACACAUAAGGUAAGAGCUGAGUUACACACAUACACACAUUUAUUAGCUGAUUAGCUUUUGCUGCUUUAUAGGGCAUUUUCGGAAGUUUGGAGAAUGAUGAUAAAAAUAAAAUCUUUCAUCCGAUAUGAAAAUUUGGGACAAUACCGAUAAUCCUUUGUAUUUGAAAGCUGAUAAUGGAUACAUUGGCAGAAAAAUCUAAAUACAAUU